AUUAUAUCAUGACAAAAGAGGGGUGGGGGAGAGAAGGUUGAGCUGGUAUAAAAGAGACAGGGCACAAAGUGGAGAGAGUACACAAGAAAUCAACACGCCACCGUCCAGGGACAAGACCACAACCUCACAGUAUGUCUCAGCCAGUGGUUAAGAAGAAGAAGCGGCCAGUUGUUAAAGAGGAGGACCUGAAAGGAGCCCGCAGUAAACUGGGACUGAAAGGAGAUGUCAAGAGCAAAACAUAUGAGGUCAUGGUUGAGUGUGAGCGUAUGGGUAAGGUUGCUCCGUCUGUGUUCAGCGGUGUACGGUCCGGAGGUGAGACGGCACUUGAAAAGCCCAAACCUCCCUCAGGAAGUGUGUUUGGCAAAUGAGAAAAUGCGGAAUGAACAAAUGGAGUCUUCUUGCUGUCUGGGUUUUAAAUAUAUGUCUGUAAUAGCAUAGGGGAAGUUUUAGCAUUCACAACUUUGAUGAUUGCGUAUAAUGUGGAUACAUUUGUGAAAUUGGAUAUUUGUAUUUUUAUACUGCUUACUGUUGCUAUGUAACAUGUACUUCAAACCCCUUCGGAACACCUUGGUGCCAGUUUUCUGUGUCCUGUUUGGUAUAUUAAACAUUUGCUAAAAUUCAACACAAAUUUAUAUCUCCGUCAAGUCUUACACAUUUUUGUGUGGUUUAAAUCAAGAGGGCAAACAUUACAUCACACAAUGGCAAUUUAAUAAAAUGUAAAUUGGGAAAGGUGGAGUGAAAAUGGAUGCUUAAACAGUUAUACAUUCCUGUCAUAGCACUCUCAUCAUUUGCACACCUCUACUUGUGAAACGUAGGAUGGGAUAUGUUUUGUCUGGUCACUAACAUUGUGCCUGACAUUUUCAAAUUUUAAAUUAAUAAUUUAUUAAAGGUGAUAUACUUUCAAUAAAAAAAACAACAGCUCAAUUGUUUAUACUAUCCAAACUUGAAAACAUCUGUUUUUGAAUCCAUGUUUCAGCUGAACAUGCAUAAAACUACCGUAAGAGCUGUUUUUUGGAUGGGUUUUAUAAAAAUUCUUCAACAGGUGGCACAUACAAUGAGGUAUAUGAGGUAUAUUGGUGGGGGGGUGGUAAUUUAUAAAUCAAUAUUCGAUAUGGCUAACAAAACAUUUACAAACAGCAAAAUAAUAUUUUUGAAAACACAUUUUUGUUGAUUAUGUUUAAAAUGGGAAAAGAUUUAUUCACUCAAAAUGUACCCCAGGCUGCACUCAAUGGCAAUGGAGGGAAGUACUAUUACACAGUUCACAUGUAAAUCAGUUCUGGCUGUGCAGUUCAUAUGAAGUGUAUAGAAACAUAAAUGUAAACGUUUCUAUAGGAAGACCGUUUCCCUUAUAUUGCACUUUGCAUCAUUUUAUUUGCAUCGAAUAUUAAGGUGAUUGUUGAUGUGCAAUAACUGUAUUAUUUUAACACCCUUUAACAAGUGGGGAAUAUUUAAUACAAGAAGCAUUUGAGACCAAUAAACAAGAUCUAAAGCUAAACAAAGCCUGAACAGUUCAAAUUGCAAUGGAUCUGUAACCAAAUAUAACCUGUAACACCCAGCAUUUAUCAAUUAUGUGUGCAUAUAAAUGUAUAAAGCAAAUACUCAAUCAUAUGACCAACCAUUAAAUUUUUAAAACAGCA